AUGGCGGUGCCGCGCGAAGGGUGGAAGGCGACGGACUUUGUAGUGGACGACAUGGUGUACUCCAGCAUUGACGUGCUCAUUAUGGACGCCCUACGACACCUACAAUGCUUGGAGAAGAAUAGCACGCUCAGGCUGUACACCGCGUUCAUCUACCACUACAAGAAGUGGGCGGCGAAGAUGCUGAAGCAGAUACACGACAAGCUACCCCAUGAGCAACGACUUAGGCACGUCGACGAGAUCGGCCACUACAUCCGCGACAACAAGAAAAAUGAUUGGUGCAACGAGACAGUGGUCCGCCGACAGUACAUCUGGCUGCACGGCCCUAAGGUCACCGAAGCCCGGCUGCGCGCCUACGUGAAGCAAAUGAGCCGUGAGUGUAACCUCAUUGCUGACCAGCCCGGGGAGGAGAACAAUGCCACGCGAACGGGACCUGUGAGGUCGACAACUGUGCACACGAUCCUCGGCCGCAUAAAGGCAUGCCAGAUGGCGGCGAGGGUGGAGGCGACGCUGUACCGAGAGAAGGAGCUGGGCAUCAUGAGGGAGAUCUCGGUGGUGAGAUCAGAGGUGCGGUUCAACGUCCGCCACAAGAACGAGAGGGACAUCAACAUCCGCGAGAUCACGCUCCCCGACGUCUUCUUGUACCACCUGGCGAGCACCUCGGAGGUGAACCCGGAUAGCCAGCCGGUCGUCAUGGUGAUCGCCGCGCGUAACUCGAAGACUUCCAAGGAUGCCCGUCUUCAGCAGAGCUACGCUGCGCGACACAUGGAAGCGGAGCUGUGCGCCGUCGGCGAGACCGGCCUGUGGCUGCACUUCAUCCUCGACCAGAUCGGUCAGUUCUCCGGCACCGACUUCCUUUCGCCGCUUGACACCACAGAACGCGAACGCUGGUACAAGAAGCAUCUCUUCUUCGCCAGAAACGACAAGGAGCAGGAGGAGCUCUCCUCCGCCACCCACCAACGUUGGACUCGGCAGAUGUGGAGGACCAACAAGGUGUUCUGCAAAAGGAACGUGCACGCCGCCCGCGCCGGAGGUGCGCAGGAGCUAGCCAUCGGAGGGACGCCGCGCGCCCAGAUCGCCGAGCUGGGACACUGGGCUCUCGACAAGAUGACGCGUGCGUACAUCACGGCCAUUCCCGUUAGGGUGGUGAUGCAGAAGUCCGGCUACUCGGGACUCAAGCAAGACUACUUCUUGGGGCGCAGCAGGGUCGAGCCCUCCGACAAACUCCUGGACCUGCUCGCCGAGCACAUCUUCCCCGGCGUGGAUGCUAUGCUGCGCGAUGCGGAGACGCGUGCCGUCAACGGGAGCGAUGCUGAUGCAGCCGUAGUGCACUUCUUGCGCACCCUCGUGAUGUUCCGACGAAUCGUCGUCGAGGACCUCGCGGUGAAGCUCGUCCGCACACCGUGGCACCCGUACGUCCAAGGUUCCAAGCUCUGCAGGAUUGCCCUCUUCCAGCACUGGGCGAAAAGGGUCGAGUCGGUCGACACCGAUACGAUCAAAAAGCGCCGGGACCCGACUCAGAUACAACCGGAGGAAAUAUCCGUGCGCAUGGACACCCAGUAUCACAACAUGUCCCUCAAGGAGGCGCUGAAGAAGGAGGUCGAGCGCUCGGCGCUCGAGAAGCUAGGCUUUCAGGAGACGAUCGAGAAGCAAAACGACACCAUCGCGUCGCUCACCGCCAAGCUUGCUCGACUCACCGAGGCACUCCGUGUGUCAGAAGCCCGGAGGAUGCCGGCGGCGCCGCCAUCGGCUACCGAUCAAACUCCGGGCGAGGGUGGCUCCGCGGAUUCGGCCAACACGGGGACCGGAGCCAAGAGAGAUGAUGGGAAACCCCCGCCACCCCCCCAGACGGCAGAGGAGGCCAGUUACAAGCUCAACGUGGUGCAACCUUGGCGGGAUUCAAAGACCGUGCGGGACGCUUGGCGCCUCUGGAACUCCGCCACCGCCAAUGACAACCGUCGUCUUUGCGACAGGGUCGCCGAGCCGGGGUUCAUCGACCGCCACACCCUCCUCAAAGGCGUGACCCAGGGUGCACUCAACAUGAGGGUGCGCCGCAUGCUGAAGGCCAUGGAUGCGGUGCGCCAGCUACGCGCGAGUGACGGCGAUGCCGACACCGAAGCCGUGGUCGAUGCACUGAACACGAUCGCGGCACCGGGCAUUGGGACCUUCUGCGAUGCCCUCACGGUGCUCAACCCGGAGACGGCACCGACGAUGUCCAAGGAGCCUGGCAUGGGCGUCAAGGGGCUUGGCCCCAAGGUGGUCUCGAAGCUACGCCUCGCUUGUGCGCUGGUGGCGCUCGAGCUGAAGCCGACGACGUGGGUCGACCGCCUGUUUCCAGACACCUGGGAGGAGCAGAUGCCGAAGACCGUGGCCGACUUGGCCAAGCAGACCGCACCUGCGCAGCGUCCUCCGUCAAAGCACAAGAAGUCGGCAUGA